CAGUUCUUUUUCAUCUCACUGUAUCGGCUUAGUUUUUCGGAAAUUUUUAGGAUGACAUGAAAGACGGACAGGCUAGUUAGUUUUCCUCAAUCUAAAAGGUCAAUGUUUUCCAACUACAAAUAUAAAAGCAACGCUCACCUCUCUUUUGAUAUCUCUGGCAAUUGUAAUUAACUCCAGUGGUUUCCUCUCAGGCUUUCUCUCUCAUGCGCAAGCCAUUCUUUCCCACCAUAUGUCGCUCGUUCGGGACUUUCUAUGGUCAUGAGAACAGUAACAUUAUUCGCAGCUUCAAGGUUGCCAAACCAUGGCGCAGCAAUUAUAUGCUACAAAGCAUGGAGAUUCCGAAGGGCGGUCAUCGCCUCUCGUUUUUCAUCUCAUAUUCACGUGUUGUAUCAGGUUAUCUCCCAGUUUGUCAGGAACCUAAUAAGGAGGAAAAAAAAACCAAACGGCAUUUCAAAUUGCCCUGGACCAAAAAUUCCGGGCUGACGGAAGCCGGCAGUACUGACUGUUGCGUAAAGGACGGUCAGAAGGUAAAAAUUCACUACAAGCUCUAUGAUAUUCACACUCAUGAAUUGCGUGCGGAACAUGAUCAUGAAAUAAUUGGUCCAGGCGAGAACAAAAUAUGUGAAGGCUUGUAUGAUGGGAUUGUGGGCAUGCGAGUUGGGCAAAGAAGAACAAUCGUCCUUCCACCGUCUUCGGAUUUGACUGGAGAACACAAUAAGAUGAUGAUGAAGAAGAAGCACUUCGAAGAACAUGGAAUUUAUGAUGUGUGCGUGGUCAAAAUCAUCGGAUGACCAACUUGAUCUGGAGACCACGUAAGGGGUGUCGCGUGGCUUGUAUUUUUAGGUGUAAGAGGUUCUUCAGCUACUAGAUGUGAUGAAGGACUUUAUUUUUUAGUUCACCCGUGGAUUUAGUAAGAGUCGUCUCAUUAAUAAUUAAUUAAGUGUGUACGUGUUGAAUAAUGUAUAAUUAUUACGCUUCUGUAAGAACACGUUUGAACGAAGUAAUAAUAAUUUUAUAUUUAA